UAAAAAGCAAGAAACCCCCACAACACUUGUAGCACCACUCAACCAUAUCCAUAUCCACAUUCUUCUUUCUUUGAACUCAUCCAUCACAUUCAAAUCUUUUAAGGCAACAAUGGCGCAGAGAAAGAUGAUUGUGUUUCCGACAAAGAAUGAAUUGUCGGAAGCAAUGGCUGAGUACACUGCCAAGCUCUCCGCAAAGUUCAUCAAGGAGAAAGGUCUUUUCACUGUUGUUCUCUCCGGAGGUGACCUUAUCGAUUGGCUCUGCAAGUUGGUGCAGCCUCCUUACAUUGAUUCGAUCGAAUGGUCAAAGUGGCAUGUCUUUUGGGUUGAUGAGAGGGUUUGUGCAUGGGAAGAUCCAGACAGCAACUACAAACUCGCCAUGGAUGGCUUCCUCUCAAAGGUUCCAAUUCCGGAUAAGAACAUCUACGCGAUCGACAAGCACUCCGCGGCUGAUGGUAACGCUGAGCACUGCGCGGCGCUCUACGAGGAUUGUUUAAAGAAUCUGGUGAAGGAAAAGAUAAUCCCAAUAUCCAAAAAGACAGGAUACCCUGAGUUUGAUCUACAACUUCUAGGGAUGGGUCCUGAUGGCCACAUGGCGUCUCUCUUCCCGAACCAUCCUCAGAUCAAUGAGAAGCAGAAAUGGGUCACUCAUAUUACCGACUCUCCAAAACCACCACCGAAGAGAAUCACAUUCACUUUACCUGUCAUCAACUCUGCUUUGUACAAUCUUAUGGCCAUUUGUGACAAAGCACCGGCCAAAUCCGUGGCUGAGAUCAUGAAGCAUAACAACUUCUCUUUGCCUUCUGCUCAUCUUAGUGCACAAGUCGAAAAUGUUUGGUACCUUGACCAAGCAGCUGCCUCCGAGCUCUAGAGACCUCAUCAAACACAUUAAUAAUGGUGUUUUUUUUCUUCAUGUUCUUAGUCUUUAAGCUGCAUUGUGUUAAUGUUAAUUAAAUAACCGGCUAAUGCAUUUUGCGUACCAAAUGUGUUUCUUGUAGUUGUGUGCGAGCUAUGACUAUAUAUGGGCUAUAAUAAUAACAAUAGUUGCAUAUA